AUGUCAUACUACGAUGGCGAUCUCAAAGCCGUACUCGCGCAGUUCCACAACCAACCAGACACCGACACGCGCAAGGACAUACUCAAGAAUCUCAGCGAUAACCAGCUAUCGCGUGUAGUCAUCCAAGGCGUGAAAUGCGAGUUCGAAAGAGAAGGACUAGAGGAAAUUGCGCUAAUCAUGCUGGGUGUCAUCUCAAGGGAUUCGCGCUCGAAGCUCGCGCAUGAUUUAGAUGAAGAGAAUGGAGCUGCGGUGAAGCAUGAAGAAGCCGAUGGGGAGUGUGAGGUCGUGAUCAAGAUGGAAGAGCUAGACGACGGAGACGACGGGGUCACCACAAUGACAUCCAAACGCUCGCGAAAUCUAUACUGA